AUGUACGUUCCCAGAAGAGUCUCCGACGUCGAUCGCCGUCUUCUCCUCCUCCUCGUAAUCCCUUGCCUCUCUCUCCUCCUCUUGCUCUCCCUCUCCACCAUCACCCUCGAACCCUUCCCAACUCUCGCGCCUCUACGUAACCUAAUCUACACUCAUACCCUAACCGCCACCACCGAAACCUCCGAUUUCGCAUCCGAUUCGAAACCUAACGACGUAAAUCCGCCGGACGAGAUAGAGAAUCGACGGCGGAGGAAGAAGGAGGAGUUAGUGAAUUCGAAGAUUGCGGUGUGUUUGGUGGGAGGAGCGAGACGGUUCGAGCUAACCGGACCGUCGAUCAUUGAGAAGAUCCUGAGUGUUUAUCCAAAUGCUGAUUUGUUUCUCAACAGUCCUCUCGAUCAAAACUCGUUCAAGCUCCGUCUGCUUAAGGACGCACCAAGGCUCGCGUGGGUUCGUAUCUUCGAGCCUAAACCGAUCAACGAGACUGAACCGAUGGUUCGAGUCCUUACACCCAUGAAUUCGCCUAAUGGCAUUAAGGGAUUGUUACAAUAUUUCAAUCUCGUAGAAGGCUGCAUCACGAUGAUAAAGGCAUACCAAAACGAAAACAACUUCACAUACGACUGGAUAGUCCGGACCCGUGUAGACGGUUACUGGUCUGACCCGCUAGACCCGGAAUAUUUCAAACCGGGUCAGUACCUAGUCCCACCUGGAUCCUCCUACGGUGGCCUCAACGACCGUUUCGGUGUCGGCGAUCUCAACACCUCAACGGUGGCUCUCUCUCGCCUCUCUCUCAUCCCGGACCUAGACUCGGCCGGGUUAACCCGUCUCAACUCCGAGUCCGCCUUUAAAGCUCAGCUCUCGACUCACCGUGUCCCUUACGUCACCAAACCUCUCCCUUUCUGCAUCAUGACCGAUCGGACCUACGAUUAUCCUCCGGCUAGCUACGGAGUUCCCGUGGCUGCACUUUCGAGAAACGGACCGUUGAACGGUGCUAAGUGCCGUCCGUGUACGGCCGCGUGCAGCGGUUCUUGCGUGGCUGAAGUGAUGGGAAAGCUGAAUAAGGGAUGGAGCUGGACGGAGUGGGAGAACGGAACGAUGACGCUCUGCGACGCGCAUGGAGAGUGGGAGGAAGGUUGGGAGAAGAUAUUUGACGGAGUCGCCGGUGAAAAACUCGCACGUGCGAGGGAACAAGCCGGAGGUUUGGAUUCGAUGAGAUGUGUGAGAGAGUUUGAAGAGAUGAGAGGGGUGACCGUUAAAUGGGAAGCUCCCGCCUCCGAAGAGAUUUGUAAUUUGGGCAUAAGGCCCAAUUAG